AUGCGUGGUCUAUUGCAUUUCUCAUUACUGGUAAUUGGCGUCAUUAAUUGCCAACGAAUGCCAGACAUCACCGUGAGUGAUAAGGAAUUACUAGACAUGUCUGCGAAACUUCGCGCAGUAGAUGAUAACCGUGCUAAACCUGGACAGAUUCUUCUUGAUUAUCAGGGACACACAAAUACCAGGGAUAAUUCAGAUAAUGCUCAAAAUAAAUUAUUCAAGAAAGUUGAUUCGUCGCUUUUUCGAAAACCUACGUAUGAAAAGCUCAUUGCUCUCUUCAAUAAUUUUAUCCGUCAAACGGGAGUGAAAGAACCUAGUGUUUCGUUAAAUGAGGAGAAAAAUGAGAUUGAAGAUUUCCUGACUGCCGUUUUGAACACACGUCCAUUCCAAGAGUUAUACAGCUUCUUCAAAGCCAAACGCCAUCCUUUUGCCAAAGAUUCAUCGACUUGGCGUUUUUGGAUAUCUCAAUUGUGGUUCUUCCAUUAUUCUAGAGCAAGAGGGCUUGCCGAUACUUCUGGAUUUGAGCAUGUGUUCAUUGGAGAGGCCAAGAAUGGAGAAAUCUCCGGAAUGCAUAAUUGGGUGAGAUUUGCCAAACUAGAAACCGAUCCUAAAGAAAGUUUUGAUUACAAAGGAUUCAUUGUGAAACGCUUCAAUCUGAUGGCUGCUGUAAAAUUCCAAUGGCAGAGCGAACUCAAACGGUCUGGUAGUUUCCUCAUUGGAACUUCACCUGAAUUUGACAUGGCCCUAUACACAAUGUGCUUUUUGACUAGGAGGGGGCGAUCAACUUGUGAUGUCGAAGUCGACGGUUGCCCAUUAUCAAUCACGAGUUAUGAUUUGACACAAAAUAAUAAGGUUUUCAUUGGAAGCAUAUUCCCUAGUGCAGGAAGAAUCACUGAUCAAUGCAGGCGAAGCAACGGCUAA